AUGUAUUUGAUUUGUUAUCGUUCGUUAUUUCUUCAUCGUCUAAAACAAAAUAUAUGGACAAUAAAACCUUACUUUCGUACAUUAACUGAUACUUAUACAUCUCAUGAUCAAUGUCAAUUAGAUGAAGAAGAUUCUAUUAAAACAAAAAUAUUUGUUAAUGAUUCAUUAAUGCAAUCAAUUCAAUCAUGUUCAUCUUUGUCAAUAUUAUUUCCACUUGUUCGCGCUAAUUUACCUCAACAUCGAGCUCAACAUAUAGCAGCAGCAUUACUUCGUGCAUGUAAUAUAGUACGUUCAUGUGCUUAUUUUCAUCCAAUAAAUAUGGAAAAAUAUCGUCAAAAACUUUUAAAUCAUCCUAUAUUUGAUCUUUUAUGUCAUUUAUGUGAACAUCGUUUACUUGAAUUAAAUUUUGAAGAUCAUGUUAAUAUAAUGUCAUCAUUAGUUAAAUUAGAUAUACGUAUGUCAUCAAGUGAAAGUCCAUUUUUACGUCAUUUAUUUACAGCAUUAGCACAAACUGAAUAUAUAGAAAAAUUUGAUUUAAAUUUAUUAAAUCGUUUUCUUAUUGCAUUAGUUAAAAAAUCAAAUCGACAUUUACUUCUUCCAUUAUAUAAACCAUUACUUGAAAGAUUUCGUCAAUUAUUAUCUGUAAUUGGAUCUUCACAUACAGCAACAACAAUGAAAUGUACUAUUGGUAUAAUGCAUCUCUUAGGUAUGGCAAUACCAUUAUCAAAUACUCAAACUGAUGAUACACAAGCACUUAUUAACAAUUGUCCAGAUACAUUUGUUCGUUUAUUAACAUUAGGUGGAAUGUUUCCUAUACAAAUGAAACGAUGGAUACCACAUACAUUUUUAAAUUGGAGUCUUAAUUUAAAUCGAAUAUUAUGGUUUGAUAUUUAUUUAAUAUUAACAUCAGCUAAAAGACAUUUUCGUCCAUUAAAUGAUCUAUUUGAUUUAGCUGUAAUACGAUGUAAUAAUGAACUUGAUCAAAAUAAUAUUCUUGUUGAUCAUGAUACUCUUUAUAUGACAUGUGCUUUAUAUAGAUAUUCAAAAAUAAAAUUAAAACUUCGAUUAAAUAGAAGAUUACAUAUGUGUUUAGAUAAUUUUGAUCCACAUGAAAUAAGUCUUUUAUUUCAUCAUGUUAAUCCUGAUACAUGUAAUGAUUGGGAAUUAUUAGCAUAUAUACAUCAAAAAUUAAAAGAUAUAUCAUUAUCAAGUGAAGAAUAUGAAAGUGAUUUUUGGCCAAUGCUUAAUGUAUUAACAGAACAUAUUAAUAAAAAUAUUGAUUAUUAUACAUCAGAAUCAGCUGGUGCUGAUUUUAUAAUGCAUUUACGUGCUGAAAUUGAACGUAAAAAAUCACAUGCAAAUGAAACAUGGUUUAUACGUGAUCAAUAUUUAGCAAUUUUAACAUUUUAUUUAAAAUAUGCUUUGAGUGGAACUGCUAUUCCAAGAAAUAUUAUGAUCAAUGCUGAUAGAAUGAUAUCUCAAGCAAGUUUAAAAGAUACUGGAACACUUCUUGCCGGAUAUUAUAAUGCAGCAUUAUUAGCAACAUCCGAUGCAGCUAAUAUAACAUUUCAACGUCAAAUAAAACAAUUACAUGAAAUAAUUGUUCAACAUAAAAUGGAACAUUUAUCAAAUUUAUCAAUAUAUCCAUUUAGUCAUUUAGUAAAUUUUUUAAGUCAUAUAACAUCAUCACGUUAUAAUAUUGAUACACCAUUAUUAGAACCAUUUUUUGAACGUUUAAAUUCAUUUGAUAAUCAAACAUUAUUAAGUUUACGUGAUGUAAAUAAUUUAUCAUUAUUAUUUUCUCAUACAACACGUUUUUAUACAACAUUACUUGAUUCAAUGUGUUCAACAUUAAUUGAUACACAAGCAACAUCAUUAAGAUUAAUUGCAACUUUUUUUCGUUGUUUAUAUAAAAUUAAUUAUAAACCCGAACAAAUAAAUGAUUUAUGUUCAUUAUCUCGUCAUCUUUAUGAGAAUGAAGAUGAAAUACGUCCAAUUGAUAUGUUAUGGUUAGCUAUGACAAGUACUGGUUUAUUAAAUCAAUUAGAUGAAAAAUUAUUAAAUGAUAUUUUUUCAUUAUCAUUUCUUGGUAGUGUUGAUCAUCUAUCAUUAAAAAAAAAUUCUAUUCAACUUGGUCAACCAUUAUUUCGUUUAAAUCAAAUUGUGUGUAUUGAUCAUCCACAAUUAAACAUUCCUUGGUUUAAUGAUCGAUUUGGAUUAGAAAUUGCUUUACCAGAUAUGCGUCGUCAUUGGAUGAUUCGAAAUACUACAUUUGAUUAUAUUGAAUCAAAUUUGACAACAAUGCUUGGUGGCAAAAAAUAUCUUCAAACUCAUACACUUUCUCCAUAUUUUCAUGAAAUUGAUUUUGAAUGUAUUCUACGAUUAGAUAAUUGUCAACCAGUUCCAUGUGAUCAAUAUGAUUUAAUGAAGAAUAUUAAUGGAAAUAAAGAACUUGAUAUUCCUGAUGGAUGUGAACGAGUAGCAAUUCAAGUAACAACACCGAAUCAUUAUUGUCAUAAUACAACUCAUUAUGUUGGUUCAGUUGAAAUUUCAUUUCGUCAUUUGAAAAAACUCGGUUAUCGACUUGUUAUUCUUCCCUAUUACGAAUUAGCAACAAUCGAAUCAUCUGCAAGUCGUUUUCGUUAUUUGAAUAACAAAUUGUUUAAGCAAAAUCAAUAG